AUGACAUCGCCACCACCAGAAUAUGCUCCAACAUCCACGUCCUCAUUUACUGUAUCGACGUCUGAUGUUUACAACCAAGAAGUUACUAAAUCACUGUUGAUCAAAACCCCAUUACAUAAAUCAGUAUAUGAUUCGCUAGCAGAAAUAUAUUCCAUACUACCAACUCUAGAAAUGGUUGAGAAUUCAUAUUUGAAAGACUAUAUCACUGAUAAGGAGAAAUACACGUCUACAACUUAUAGAUUAAUCCAUCAGUAUCAAAUGUUAAUAAAAGUUUUCACUGAUGAUCAAACAAAGUUUCAAUUAUUACAAAAGGAGUUUUUGCCUGGGUUAUUGCUGGACAUGUCUAAUUUUUUGGAGUUACUAUUAAAUAAAUUUAAUGAUAACUAUCCCCAUGCUGUCAGCCGGUUGAGGAAUGGAUUACCAGCAACCAUUGAACACAUAAAUGGCAAUCAACCAACAAGUGCUAGUGCUAGGUUAGUUGCAGAGAUUACAGGGAAUUUCAUUACAUGUAUGGACGCUGUCAAACUAAAUUAUAAAUCCAAGGAACAAUUACAUCCAUUGCUAAGCGAUCUAGUGGUCAAUCUUAAUGAACUUAAUGAGGAGCUACAGUUUACAGGAAAAUCUAAAUUAGUCAAUUGGUUGAUUAAAUUAAACAAUCUUCAGACAGAACUUACACAAGAGGAAGCUGAUUCAUUCUUGAAUGAUUUGGACAUAGCAUAUAAAGGAUUCUAUACAACUCUAGAAUGA